UAGUAAUAUACAAUGUUUUAAGAUGAGUUUUAAAAUGCAGUAGCUAUUAUUGAAAGUUGUCUAAGAUCACCGCCACGCUUCAAAAGCGCCUUUCCCUUCUCUGACUUUUGUUACAACUACUACCACUACAAGCUUCUUGUUGGGAUGGCACGAUCUUCGAUGGAUGAGAUAUCAGACACCGGAGCAUUUGUGAGAUCUGCUUCCACUUUCAGAAACUGGAUUUCAAGUGACCCGAAUUCGCCAUUUCCACCGGAAUCAGGGAGGUAUCAUCUCUAUGUAUCAUAUGCUUGCCCUUGGGCUUCCAGGUGCCUUGCUUACUUGAAUAUCAAAGGACUUAACAAAGCCAUCAGUUUCUCGUCAGUCAAACCCAUAUUUGAAAGAACUAAAGAAUCAGAUGAGUAUAAGGGGUGGGUUUUUCCUGAUUCAGAAACAGAGGUCCCUGGAGCUGAACCUGAUAGGUUGAAUGGAGCAAAGAGUAUUAGGGAGCUUUAUGAAAUUGCAAGUGCUAACUACACUGGAAAGUACACAGUUCCUGUGUUGUGGGAUAAGAAACUCAAGACAAUUGUUAACAACGAGAGCUCAGAGAUAAUCCGCAUGUUUAAUACUGAAUUCAACAAUAUUGCAGAAAAUCCCUCUGUUGACUUGUAUCCCGCUGAUUUAAAAGCCCUUAUUGAUGAAACCAAUGCGUGGAUAUACGAUAGUAUAAAUAAUGGUGUUUACAAGUGUGGUUUUGCAAAGAAGCAAGAACCACACAAUGAGGCUUCAAGACAAUUGUUUGAAGCUCUGGACAAAUGUGAGAAUCUAUUAAGUAAGCAACGCUAUAUAUGUGGCCACACACUCUCUGAAGCAGACAUUCGAUUGUUUGUCACUCUUAUCAGAUUUGAUGAGGUUUAUGCAGUUCACUUCAAGUGCAACAAGAAGCUGCUGCACGAAUACCCAAAUCUUUUCAAUUACACUAAAGACAUUUUCCAAAUUCCUGGCAUUAGUAGCACUGUGAACAUGCAACAUAUCAAGUUACAUUACUAUGGAAGUCAUCCUUCUAUCAAUCCAUUUGGUAUUGUUCCUGUUGGGCCAAAUAUUGAUUAUUCUGCUCCUCAUGACAGAGAAAGGUUUUCUGCAUAGGUGGUUGUUUUGUAUAAUUGUAAGAUUUUUAUAGAAUUUUCCUGUAUCUUCCAAGCUUUGUUGAAAAAGUGCAGAAACAACGAUGCUUUGUUUAAAAACGUAAUUUCAAAAUAAACUGAGACAGGUCUCUGUGUGUGAGUAUACCUCUAAUGUUAGAAUUCUUCUGUGAUCGAGCUUCAUUGAUUUGUGUCAAAACUGUUUGAAUUGUAGCCAGACACAUCCCACAAUUCGUAUUACUGUCUUAUUAUUAAAUGGUUUGGAAAGAUCACCUGUAUUUAGUGUUGAAAUU